AUGGCUCCAAUGAAAGAAUUGAGAGCCUUUCUAAGGCAUAACAAACUCACUGACCACUAUAACAGAAUAUACUCUAACAUGUUUAAGCACAGAAAAGAUUGCCCAAGUCAAGAAUUUUACAACUAUGAUUCUUUUAUUAUUGCUGUUUCUUCUUUUCCUGAUUUCGGCACAACUGGUGAUGUGGUGACUCGUAAAAGGGAGCUCGCUGCCUUCUUUGCUCAUACCUCUCAUGCAACUACAGGAGAAUGGACUGAUUCAGUAGAUCCACAUGCAUGGGGAUAUUGUUUUAUCAGUAAAACUACCAGUGGUGAUGAUUAUUGUACUUCUUCUCAUUGGUCAUGCGCUUCUGGCAAAAAAUAUAAUGGUCGAGGACCAUUUCAACUUGCUCACAACUUCAACUAUGGGCUUGCCGGUGGAGCACUGGGAAUAGAUUUGAUAAACAACCCUGAUUUGGUAGCAACAGACUCAGUUGUGUCCUUUGAAACAGCCAUAUGGUUUUGGAUGACUCAACAUGACAACAAUCCUUCAUUCCAUAACAUUCUUAUCAAUGCUAAUUCUGGACCUAAUCAACUCCCAGCUUAUGGUAAUAACAAUAACGGUUUUAGAACUGAUACUGAUACAAACAUUGUUGGGUACUAUAAAAGGUAUUGUGACAUGUUAGGAGUGAGCUAUGGAGACAUCUUGGACUACUUGUCUGACUUUCCAAAAGCUUCUAGCAUUUUAAUGCCUGUCCUCUGAAAUCCAUUAGAGGCAAAACUAUAAAAAUAGUGGCUUUAUUAUAGAAUAAAGAAAGCCUACUAUUUUGCCUCCUAUAUUAUAAUAUUUG